CCGCUCAAGUUUUGCAGAGUCUUCCUUUCCUUGCCCUUCCUUUUUAAGCUCUUAAAAUCAACCCAAAAACUCCACAACCACAAGCCUCUUUAUUGCCCUUUUUUCGUAUUCCCAACAACCAAGACAUCAUCUUCUUUUGGUUCUAGAGGACACUCUUUUCAUUUAAAUAGCAUUGGAUACUCUUAAUUUCUACUUUGGCAGCCAUUUGAUAUUCCAGAUUGGUUCUUUUUCAUUGGGAAAAAACUGGGUUUUGUUUCUUGAAAGGGAUAUCCUUACUCAUCUGUAAAUUCAGUUGGCAUGGCGUGUUCUUUGAAGAAUGGCUUUUCUCUUCCUGGGGAGACCAUAAUCAGCUCCAGAAGUAAAGGGUCUUCAGGGGCUUUUAUGUCAUUUAGUGCUGUCCAAGUUCCAGAUUCAAGAACAACUGAUUUUCUUGGCAAGGCUUUGAAUAUAUCAGAUCAGACAGGGAAUGCUAAAGCUUCAAGACCCCUCUCUGUUAAUGCACAAGCAUCAUCAAUCUGUGUUAGCAGAUCUCUGAGAUGGUGGGAAAAGACGCUAAAGCCUAACAUGAUAGAGAUCCACUCAGCACAAGAGCUUGUGGAUGCCUUGUUAAAUGCUGGGGAUAGGUUGGUCAUUGUUGACUUCUAUUCUCCUGGUUGUGGUGGUUGCAAGUCUUUGCAUCCUAAGAUCUGUCAAUUGGCUGAAGCAAAUCAGAGUGCAAUUUUUCUGAAGGUCAACUAUGAAGAACACAAGGCUAUGUGCCAUAGCCUUCACAUACAUGUGCUUCCAUAUUUCAGAUUCUACAGAGGAGCAGAUGGAAGGCUCUGUAGCUUCAGCUGUACAAAUGCCACUAUCAAGAAAUUCAAAGAUGCAUUAGCAAAGUAUGGAACAGAGAGAUGUAGUAGUGGUGGACCAGCAAAGGGUCUUGAGGAAUCUGAACUGUUGGCUUUGUCAUCAAUUGGAAAAAUCUCAAGGAAGGUACCAAUGGAGUCUACAAUGAUGGAUAGGGUUGAAGACUUGGUCAUGAGUAUGACCAAUGCUCAGAAUAAGAUUGGUCUACAAGAAACCAAUGAGAUGUUGGUUGCCUAAACUAAUUAAGAGAUUCUUUCUAUCCUAUUAGCUAUUUGUUAGUGGGUGGAGGCAAAGGAGCUCCAAAUAAAUAUUAGAAAUUCUUUUGUGUGAAAUUUUAAUUUGUGCUUAUUAUAUUGUGUACAUAUUUACCCUUCAACCUAUAUAAUGUGGUCAACCGGUCACUAUGCAAAUUAAUUAAUUAUUUAUUUGUAUGUAAGCAUGGUUGUGGGGUUUAUGGAUAAACUCCUCCCAGAUUUGGGUGUUUAACUAAUUAACUUUCUGAAUCAAAAUUAUUGUUUUUUUUUUGGGAUAAGUGCAUAUUUUCACCGCGAUUUCUUAUGGUCUUAUUGGUAAGAAAAGC